UCAGUCAAUCUCAUCCUCACUCCCGCUCAGUCCCAAUUUUUCAAAAUUAAAAUAAAGAAAAAAUAAAUAACCAUUCACUUCACACACACAGUACUCAAAGCAAAAACGAAAAGCUCGUGUUGCUUUUUCAACUUUCUGCAACUUCCUUCCAACUCCUUAUUGGAAGAUGGUAAACGAAACUCUUGUUUCCGAUCCGGUGGAUCCGCUUCGUGGCCUUGCCGGACUUUCUCUGCUUCCCAAAACAAUUAGGGUUUCUACUGACGCCUCUGUAUUAGUAGAUUCCAAAGACCUUGAGUCGAUUCAUAAUUUCAUGAAGUCUAUGGAAAUGAAGGGUCCUGGGCUGUUGGAGGAGGCUAAAGCAAUUGUGGAUAAUGGUGCGGAACUUCUGAACACCAACUUUACGAGUUUUAUACAAUCUAAGGGCAUUGACGGGGAUCUUGCCAUGAAGGGAAAGGAGAAGGUCCAAGAUAGAAGACCAGGUCUUGGUCGUAAAAGGGCUCGAUUUUCUCUCAAGCCUAGUACAAGUCAACCUCCUGUCAGCUUAGCUCCGCGUUUAGACAUUGAGCAACUUUCAGAUCCACUGGAAUUUUUCUCAGCUGCUGAAAGGCUAGAAGAUGCAGAAAAAGAAAUAGAAAGACUGAAGGGCGGCAGUAUCCAUGAUCCAGAUGUGAAUAAUCCACCAGCCAAUGCACGGCGCCGUCGACCAGGCAUCUUGGGCAAAUCGGUGAGGUAUAAGCACCGUUUCUCAUCCAGCCAGCCUGAGAAUGAUGAUGGAUUUAUAUCAUCUGAAGAGACGUUGGAGCAUGAUAUUCUGGCUGAACAUGGUUCUCAGUUGCCAGAAGAGAUCCCUGGCCUCAACGUUGAACUGCAAGAAGCCGAUUUCAUAGGAUCAAUAAAGAAGACAGAAAGCAGAAUCAAUGAGAUUUUGGAUGAAUUGCUAUCUGGUAAUGGUGAAGAUCUAGAUGGGGACAUGGCAGUAUCCAAAUUGCAAGAGCGAUUGCAGAUCAAGCCCAUUGAACUAGGCACAUUAUGUAUUCCUGAGUUCCCUGUUAAUGGAAAGCCUUAUGGUAAGGCUUUUGGAGAGAGGAUUCAGAGGCCUAGGAAGUUUUCACUGGAGAUGCGGGAGUUGGCUAAAAGUGCAACUGAGGGAACACCUUCCACUCACAAACAUCAUGAAGAAAGUCCUGCCAGUAAUUUAGGAUCACCCACUCCACCAAAAAGUCCAUUUGGUUCAUUGUCUUUGUUGAAAAAGAAAAUUAUGCAGUCAAAUCCCCUGAGAGAUCCUUUUUCGCCUCUCAACAUUGAUCUACAAUCAGAGCAUGCAGAUUGGUCCGUGAAGAUGAUUUCACAAUGUGUAAAUAAUAAUAUUGGACCUACUGAAUCUCAGGGCGAGACAGAAAACAAAAAUACAAAUAUCAUGGUUCCUUUAAGAGGUUCAGACUUAGCGCAUGAACAACUGAAGGAAAAGAAUUCAGGCAGAGAUAGCGUAAAAACUGGGCCACAUGGAUCUCGAUCCAGGAUGGAUCAACAAAAUGGUUAUGAUGAUAUCGAUAUUAAUGCUAAGACCAACUUAGAUAUGAGAAAUAUGGAUUUGCACAAUGAGUCUGAUGGGCUUGACAAAGUGAAAGAUGAUUCAGUUAUAAACAAUGUAUUGAAGGAUCAACAAUGUCUUGAAACUGAAUCCUAUGUUACCUGUCAAAAGAUGCAGGAUGGGGAAGUGCUUGCAGAAACGCUACCUUCUCUUCAAGCUCAAGGAAAAGCUGAUGAUACAGCCAAUUAUAUCACUGAAACAGCUGUUGAGGAUUUUGAAUCAACUGAAAUUGGUCAGCAGGUUGACAAUAUGCCACCAGAAACAGCGCAUCCUGCAGAACAAGAUCAUCACUUUGAGGAUUCUGUCAAAGACUUAUAUGAUGAUCAAUUGAUCUCAUUCGCAGUUGAAGUUCCUUCUACAGAAGUGAGAUCUAAAUUUUCCGAGAUGAGCCCUCAGCAUCACGCCCAGGCAAAAGCUAAGCAACAGAAAGCAAAACGACCUGCUGCCGGAUGGCGUGAAAGAAAAACUCUUUCUUCUAGGCCAAGUCUUGCAGAAGCUGGUACAUCAUUUGAAAGUGGGGUUAGACGAAGCAAACGAAUGAAGACAAGGCCUUUGGAAUAUUGGAAAGGCGAAAGAUUAUUAUAUGGACGGGUUAAUGAGAGUUUGAAGCUUGUUGGCUUGAAAUACAUCUCUCCAGGAAAAGAAUCGCUCAAGGUGAAGUCUUACGUCCCUGAUGACUACAGAGAUCUAGUUGAUUUGGCAGCUCGGUAUUGAUUUUCUAACAGCAUCUGGAUCUUGUCUAAUGCUUUAAGUUUCAAAUACAAAUGUAGCCAUUGUAUGUAACAUACGACAUUAUGAAGCUUGAAUUAUUAUCUUUUACGUACUAUGUUCUGGUCCAUCUAUUGAUGGUCCGAACAGCUUAUGACUCCGCAGUGCUUCAGAUACUUAUGGAGGCUUGUUAAUGUUAAGGAAACUAAGGCCAUAAGACUAUAACAACAAUGUCUAGUUUAAUGCCAUAAUUGUUAAUUGUUAA